UUUCGAUAAGGAACAAAAAUGUAAUGAAAAUCAUUUACUUCUUCAUAUUUUAGCAAGUUCGUUUGCUAAACCAUGAUAACCACGGACUGACAAUGUACAUAGGAUAAGAAUUUAAGGUUUUAUCAACAUAAUAAAAGAAUGAGGGUUGCAGAGUUCAUCGGGUUACAGCUCUUUGAGUCAGCCUACCUAUUUGUGCUGUUCUGCAUCCCAAUAGUAGUGGCACAGAAAUACAUUGGAACAAUUGUCUUGUUAAUUCUAAUUUCCUUGGCAAUAUCAACAUUGUUGAAAAAACUAUUUUACAAGCCAGUAGACAUAAAAGGACAAGGAGUGCUCAUCACCGGCUGUGAUACAGGAUUUGGAAAUGCCUUUGCCAUGAGACUGGGUGCGAUGGGGUUUACAGUAUUUGCAGGCUGCUUAAACCCCGAGAGUGAGGGAGCAAAGAGGCUAAAGGAAGAAGCAUCUGGACAGAUCCAUGUUCUAAAAAUGGAUAUCAACAGUGAUGCUGAUGUUAAGUCAGUCCUGGAUUAUGUAAAUGAAACACAUAAGUCCUCAGGCUGUGGGUUAUGGGCACUGGUCAACAAUGCAGGAGUCAAUUUUCUUGGGGACAUUGACUUUUGUACAAUGGAUAUGUACCACAGAAUCAUGAAUGUCAAUUUAUUUGGAAUGGUUAGAACUACAAAAACUUUCCUACCACUCUUAAGGAAAAGCAAAGGGCGAGUAGUAAAUGUGACCAGUGUCAGGGGGCGCUGUGUGUUUCCUGUAGCUUCAGCGUAUUCAAUGGCCAAGUAUGCAGGGGAAGCCUUCUCUGAUGGCCUGAGGCUGGAGAUGAGGAAGUUUGGGGUAAAAGUUGUGGUAGUUGAGCCGGGAAACUUUGGAGGAGCUACUGGAAUGUUAAAUGAAAAAUCUUUAGCCAUCAUGAGGCGAGACUUUGACACAAUGUGGGCGGAGGCGGGAGAAGAGGUGAGAGAAACGUAUGGUAAGGAGUACCUGGAUCGCCUGUUUGAGGGAGCCAAGGGAACCUCAGCCACCUCCUACCCCACCCUGGCCCCCGUCCUGGAUGCCUUAGAGGAUGCAGUGGUUAACCAGAAUCCUCGGAUACGAUACCUCGUGGAUGGGGGGAGUGGCCUCAUGGAUGAAUUCUGUUGGCUGGCCAGGCUGAACUCCUUCCUACCAGAGCCAGUGAUGGACUGGGUUGUAUCCAGACUGCUGUCGCGAGAGCUUCCUCCUCUGAAGUCUUCCACACAGUAGGAGGGGAGGAAACCUACAGCACACACUGAACGCACCAACACUUACAGGGAUUCAACUGCCAAUUCAUAAUUAGUGUUGAUUUACUCUAACAAGCUCUUCAAAUUUAAAUUUACUUUGGAAUUCUGUGCAUUGUUAAACAUUUUCAUUACAGAGUUACUGGGUUUGAUAUUGCAUGAUUUAGUAGGUGGGAUGGAUGUUAUAUAAUGAAAACAAUUCUUUUUGGCUGGAUUACUGAGUCUUAUAAGGGAUUUGGUUUCUCUUGUCAGUAACUAUGAUGUAAACUGCCACUGUUAAGCAAAGGAAGAUAAUUCUGAUAAUACUUUCUCUGCAGGUCUGUAGCUAGCACAAGUUUUGUGAGCAAUAAAUAUACAGUAUUUUUCAAUGGGUGGCACUGCAGCUCCCAGGUCGUCCAUCCGAAUUUUUUAAGACUGGGAGCUACAAACCUGCAGCGAAUAAUAGUUGACCAAGAAAGUUUUGAUACAGUAAUUUUAAGGCUCUUCGACCCUCAGCCUUAAAGUAUUUUUUUUCAUCAUAAAAAUGUGAUUUGUCCUUCAAACUUUAUAAAUGAAAUAAAGAGAAAUUAAUUGAAGAUAUCAAUGCAUUUUACAAAGUUUUUGCAAAUUUGCCCACAAUGAAUAUAAUGGAAUAAAUAUACAACUUGAGAUCAGAUUUGAAAAAAAAGGUUGUACCAGUGCAUCAGUGGCUUGACCUCCUUUAAAUUACCAAUAUAUAGUAGAGCCAAGCAUUUUGUUGAAUAAUUAAUUGUAAUAUUAACACUAGAAGAGUAAUUAAAUUUGUGUCCAUUAAAGGCAGAUUUAUGGUACGAUUAAAAAUUCUGGAUAUUUUAUAGUUAACGUACUUAGCUGAGGAUCGGAGAUUGUUAAACUGAGCUUAUUUUUUGUAUAUUUAUUUAUUUGCAUGUUAAAACUGGUAAUCAAAAUCAGCAUAAUGAAAAAAAAAAAUCAAUAUAUAUUAUACAAUAAAGUGGUAAAAAUAUU